AUGCACCCUGCAGCCCAGCUUGCUCCUCUGCAGAACAUGCCCAGGCUGGAUGCCCUCUUCUGCCUGCCUGACACCACCCUCCCCCUGCCCCGGAGGGUUAACAGGAAGGAAGCCCUCAUCCUGCCUUGCUUCCUCCCAGGGCAGCCUCAGAAAUGUGAAGUGCUCACAUAUGCCAAUGGCUUGAUGUGUCCGCCGGGCCACUGCUACCCCGAGUUUGUGACCCCUGAGAGUGUGGCACGUAACAGCAACCGCCAGACACUGCGCGGGGACGCGGCGCUCCGGCGCCCCAGGACUCUGGGAGGUGAGUUCCAGCUGCGCCUGCGCGCCGGGCCUGCGUAG